CACGGGGGGGGCGCUGGGAGGAGCCGGGCUCGGAUCGCGAGAGCUGCGAGCCCGGGCCCCUCUCAGAGCUUCCGAGCCAUGGAGCCGAGCCCGGCCGCCCUCCUGCCCCUGGCCGCCCUGCUCUUGGGGGUCCCCGGCAGCGCCCCCCGGGACCGCCAGGCGCUCAACGCGGACAACCUGCUGCUGAUCACAGCGGCCACGGAGCAGACGGAGGGGUACGAGCGAUUCAUGCGCACCGCCCGCAACUUCAACUACACCGUCAAGACCCUGGGCCUGGGUGAGGAGUGGCGCGGGGGGGACGUGGCCCGCACGGUGGGGGGCGGGCAGAAGGUGCGCUGGCUGAAGGAGGAGAUGGCACAGCACGCAGGGCGCGAGGAGCUCAUCGUCAUGUUCGUCGACAGUUACGAUGUGGUGCUGGCCGAGGGCCCCGUGGGGCUGCUGCAGAAGUUCCUGGCGUUCGAGAGCCGGGUCGUGUUCUCGGCCGAGGGCUUCUGCUGGCCCGAGUGGGGCCUGGCCGAGCGCUACCCCCCCGUCAGCACCGGCAAGCGGUUCCUCAACUCCGGCGGUUUCAUCGGCUUCGCCCCGGCCAUCCACCGCUUGGUCCAGCGCUGGAAAUACAAGGACGACGACGACGACCAGCUCUUCUACACCCACAUCUACCUGGACCCCGGCCUGCGGGAGAAGUUUGGACUGGUGCUUGACCACAAGUCGAAAAUCUUCCAGAACCUCAAUGGGGCCAUUGACGAGGUGGUGCUGAAGUUCGAAAGGAACCGGGUCCGUGCCCGGAACGUGGCCUAUGACACCCUCCCCGUGGUGAUCCACGGCAACGGGCCCACCAAGCUGCAGUUGAACUACCUGGGGAAUUACAUCCCGAACCGAUGGACCUACGAGGGGGGCUGCGGGGGCUGCGACCACGGGCUGCUCAACCUGUCGGGGACCCCGGAGGCGGUGCUGCCCCGGGUGCUGGUGGGGGUGUUCAUCGAGCAGCCCACCCCCUUCCUGCCCCAGUUCCUGCAGCGGCUGCUGGGCUGGACCUAUCCCUACGCCCGGCUCAGCCUCUUCCUGCACAACCGGGAGGUCUUCCACGAGCCCCACGUGCAGGAGGCCUGGGAGCGGCUGCGUGGGGCCUUCGCCGACCUCAAGCUGGUGGGGCCGGAGGAGGAGCUGAGCCAGGGGGAGGCCCGGGACAUGGCCAUGGACAUCUGCCGGCAGGACCCCAACUGCGACUAUUACUUCAGCCUCGACGCGGACGCCGCCCUGACAAACCCGGGGACCCUGCGCGCCCUGAUCCGCCAGAACCUGAAGGUCAUCGCCCCCAUGGUGUCACGCCCGGGCAAGCUCUGGUCGAAUUUCUGGGGGGCGCUGAGCCCAGAGGGCUACUACGCCCGCUCCGAGGACUACGUCGAGCUGGUGCAGGGCAAGCGCAUCGGGGUGUGGAACGUGCCCUAUAUCAGCCAGGCCUACCUGGUGCGCGGCGAGACGCUGCGCUCGGAGCUGCACGACCGGAGCGUCUUCACCCUGGAGGACACUGACCCUGACAUGGCCUUCUGCAAGAACGUCCGCGAGAGGGGGAUUUUCCUGCACAUCACGAACCUGGAGGAGUUCGGGCACCUGCUCUCCACGGCCCAUUACAACACGUCCCGCCUGCACCCCGACCUCUGGCAGAUCUCGGAGAACCCCCUGGUGAGUGACCCCCACCCUGCCCCGCUCCCCGCCUGCCCCCCGACCUCUGGCAGAUCUCGGAGAACCCCCCGGUGAGUGACCCCCACCCUGCCCCGCUCCACGCCUGCCCCCCGACCUCUGGCAGAUCUCGGAGAACCCCCCGGUGAGUGACCCCCACCCUGCCCCGCUCCACGCCUGCCCCCCGACCUCUGGCAGUUCUCGGAGAACCCCCUGGUGAGUGACAGCCUGGCCCCAGCCCCUUCUUCGCCCACAGCAUGUCCCGCCCCAGGCCAUGCCCCUCUGCUGUGUGUCCUAGCCCCUACGCUGCUGUGGGGGCUGCGCUGGCCCAUGGGGUACAGAGGCUUGUGGGUCUGUCUCCAGGGCUGAUGGGGCAGGAAGCCCUGGGGUCCAGGUGUGAGGGGAAAACUCAUCCCUCGGAAUAGGG